GAAGUGUGUGUUUAUGGGCGGGGCUAGGCUCCGGCUCGACAAGUUCCUGGAUUGUUCUGAUUGUUGUUGGAGAAGAUCACUUGGGCUUCGUAUGAAUACCGGGAGAGGGAUUUUGCAACAUGGAAAACUCUCUUCGAUAUAUUUUGUUGGUCACUUGCAGCCUGUGUGCUAUACACAGCAGCUUCGUGGAUAACUCCUUGCCUACAAAAAAUACUCCAGAAUGGAAAAAACUUAUUUUGACUCAUCAUUGGCCAGUUACAGUGUGCAAGAUGGCUGAACAAAAAUGUGAUGACCUUCCAAACUACUGGACGUUACAUGGACUGUGGACUGAUAAGGAACAAAUGUGCAAUAAAUCCUGGCCCUUUGAUUUCUCUGAAAUAAAGGACAUUUUGGCAGAUAUGAACAAGUGGUGGCCUGAUGUUCUCCAUCCAAACUGUUCUCAGCUCUGGAAGCAUGAAUGGCAAAAGCAUGGAACCUGUGCAGCAUCCUUACCAUGUCUGAACACUCAGCACAAGUACUUUAGCAAAGGUCUGGAACUGUAUACACGUAUCAGUCUUAGCAGUGCUCUUGAGAAGUCUGGCAUUAAACCCGCAAACACGUACAAGGUAGAAGAGAUUGAAGAUGUGAUUUUGAAUGUAUAUGGAGUGAUACCAAAAAUUCAGUGUAUUCCACCACAGCAGUGCAGGUUAUACCACAAUACCAAAGCAUCAGGAGUUGAAUCCUCAGAUUUAUGGCACAUAUUUAAAGUGCAACCACUUGAUUACACACAGGGUGAAGAUGCUCAAACUCUGGGACAGAUUGAAAUUUGUUUCACAAAAGAUUUUGAUCUGCGAAACUGUACAGUGGAACCAGAAGAUGAGCUUUCAACUAAACAGAUGAGCAGGAAGCUGGAAGCAUCUUAUGUGGAUUUGCAUGUUUGUGAUAAGUCAAUAAACACCUAUUACCCACCUGUACAGUAAUCAUAGUUGUCCACAUGGAAGGAUCAACUUGAAAAUGUCUUUAAUAAUUUCAGGAAAGUGCACUAGCAGUCAGUAAUUUGUUGACAUGGGUAAGGCCUCAUGCACACAGGGUUUCUGUUUAACCACUUGCCGCCCACCCACCGUCAAAUAAUGGAGGAACUGUGCGGUUCUGGGUGGACGUCGUAUGAAAAAUAAAAUAUAAAUAAAAAGCCCAGCAGUGAUUAAAUACCACCAAAAUAAAGCUCUAUUUGUGUGAAGG